UGAUUGAUUCGUAAAAAUGCUAGAGUUAUUGAAGUAUUAUUCACUUCUUAAAUAAGCUAAAGUAUUUUACAAUAUAAACAUAUAAUUUAAUGAUGUAAUAAAUUCAUACAAAUCUAUAUUAAUGUUUCUACAUUCUCAAAGAAAAUAACUACGCAGUAAAAAAAUAAAAUACAGAAACAUGUACCAGAUUUUGCUGGUUGAAGUCUUGCUGAUUAACAGCAUUGUGGCAGCACCGGUCUUCACACAGGAAAUAAAAGAAGACAAAUCUGAGACCUCGCCACAAUUAGAUUGGCCAGUUGGUGAUCCACGUAGAUGUCAGAGAUUGAAACAAGUGGACGUUGAACGAUUUGAAGUGUUACCAGGUGUAGGCUGGGACAAUCUCCGUAAUCUGGAAGCUGGUCUUGUGGUCAGUUACAACUACACACAAUGUAAAGUAACAGAUGAUGGAAACUUCCUGAUACCUGAUUAUGUAUUUACAAUUCCGAUCAAGCACAGCAGAGUGGAACGUUUUGCCGAGUUUAUCGACAACUGGAACAGUGCUACUUCCCUUACCUCCAAAAGUGUGAACAUAGCUGCGGGGAUGUCUCUAGGUAUAUUUUCUAUCAGUGGACAGUACUCAAGUGAACACGAAGAGUUGAAGUCUAAGCAAAUAGAAGACAAUGCUGCGACUAUAAGAGUUCAACUGAGAUAUCCAAGAUAUGAAGCAAAGCUUCAACCGGAUGCAGAGUUAAGUCCGCAAUUUAAAAGUCGACUGCUAAGCAUUGCUGUUAAGAUAGAACUUAACCAGACACGUCAAGCUGAGUAUGAGGCGCAGCUGCUAGUGCGAGAUUUCGGUACCCAUGUACUGUCCAGCGUUACGGCCGGCGCCGCACUGGUGAAAGACGAUUACGUUAAGACGGAUAAAAUGUCCAGCUUCGCAGAUUCGAAAACGGCAUACUUGGCUGCUGCGAGCGCAUCUUUCUUGACUCUAUUCCAAAUAAGUUCAUCUUAUAGCUCUUCAUACACCGAUCAGCAAAAAGAAUCCUACAGCAAGGCAACGACUCACUCAGUUGUAAAAAGUUACGGUGGUCCUUUGUUCGAUCUUGGAUCAACGAAUCUGAGUGCCUGGACUCAAGGCGUAGACAAAAAUCUAGUUCCCAUGGACAGGACGGGUGAUCCAUUAAACUACCUGGUCAAGCCACAAUUACUUCCAGACCUACCUUACUCAACAGUCGAUGCACUGGAGAAAGUCAUACGUAGAUCAAUAGAAAUGUACUACGAGAUGAAUACCUACAGAGGUUGUACUAAAAUAGGGGAUCCAAAUUUUAGUUAUGUAGCCAAUGUUGAUGAUGGAUCUUGUGGUGCUAAAGCUACAGACUUACCAUUCGGUGGUGUUUAUCAGACGUGUUCGGUGUAUGGGUCAACUCUACGUAAAAACCCUUGUGAUGAUCUCCAGCACGUGAAUCCAAAGACCGGAACUUAUUCAUGUCCUCCCUCCUACACGGCCAUUCUUAUUCAGACGUUUUAUAAGAGAGGAAUCAUAGAGACUGAUAGAGUUUGCCAGAGUUGUGGCUUCCUCUAUCUUUCUACUUGCUGUGACAACAAACAAUAUGAGUCUACUGCUGCAUAUUCAGCCUAUUGGUGUGCAGCAACAAGCCCUGUCCCUCCCAACUCUGGCUAUUUGUUUGGUGGCUUCUACAGACCUACACAAGACAAUCCCCUUACUGGAUCUACUAACUGCCCGCCUACAUUCUAUCCUAGAAUUAUUCUAACUGAUGUCACUUUGUGCCUAAGUGAUGACUUUGAACAGAGUAUUCGUGUGGCUAUACCUUUUGGAGGAUUUUUUUCUUGCAAAUCUGGAAAUCCACUCGCCGUCUAUCGACAAAAUUCAACAAAAAAUGAACUGCAGUCUAAUAUGUCACAAAACAUUGACGGUAGCACGUCAUACCCAAUGAGAUGUCCGGACGGAUAUAGUCAGCAUUUGGCUACAAUAGAUUCAGGUUGCUCAAUUAAUUUUUGUGCAAAGACUGGAUCGAUGACCAAAGCACCUCUCCCUGCUAUCAGAAGACCACCAUUUAUGUCCAAGCCCGAUGCUAUAUAUAACUAUGAGGAGAAAUAUAUAUUUAAUCCUCAAACACUGGUGUGGAUGAAGAAUGAAAAGGCCACUCAUUAUGAGGAAACUAACAAUAUAACAGUUAAUACAAUCAAUGACAGUCACUCAAAGAGCUUGAAAGGUAGUUCAGCUGUGAUAAAAUAUACAGUGACUCUAACUUUCACCUGCCUGCUAGUAGCUGUGACGUUACUUUAGGAGUGUAGGAAAAUAUAUACUGCAAUGUAGGUCUACUAUGGAAACUACAGACUGUUUCAAUAAUUUUUGUGACAACAAAAAAAAAAAAAAAUCAUUGUCGUAUCUUUGCAUAUUUAUGGCUUUUACUGUUGAUGCAGUGUUGCACAUUAUAUUACAUGGAAACAUGACAUGAAAGGACAUGAAUCAAACUUAAUAACAUUAACCUUUAGUGUAAUAAUAUGUUUUGUGCAUAAUUCCUGUUAUUUUAGUGUCUAUAUUCAAAUUGAGUUUAGCUUUUUUUUCUGUAUUGAUAUCAAAUAUAAUUGCAAAUAAAGAUAUGGUAUAUAAAAACAUCCACCUGUAAUUAAUAAUUCAAUAAAUAAAUCUAUCUAUC